AUGUCAUCGUUAACUUUAACUCUUCUUAUAAGCUUCUGCUUUAUUAGCAACGCCAUGAGCGCUUCCAUCACCAAAGCUACAUACAAAACUAUUAUGGAUUUGACACUGAAAUGUGGAAGUGACGAUGAAAUCAACAACCAGGACUUGGAUGUCAGUGACAUUGGUGUUUACUUCUAUAACUACGAGGACAGCAGCAAGAACGUUCACAGGAUGCCUAUCAAGGAUGCCGCUCAAAACAUACUGAUUAAAAACAAACUAGAUAAAUCUAAAAAAUUCUUGGUUUUUGUCAGCGGUUUCAAUACCAACGUUGGAUUCAACGAAGCAACAAAAAUCAGAAAUCUUUUUAUGAAAGAAAACAGCUAUCUCAUCAUCCUUGAUCAUUCAAGUUACACCAACAAGGGCUCUAUAUAUAACGCUAAAUAUGGCAUGGCUGUUAAGCAUGUGAAAUCCAUUGGCAAAAGAUUGGCUCAACUGUUGGUAGACCUGUACAAAGGAGGAGUGCCAGCUCAAAAAAUCCACGCCAUGGGCCACAGUUUGGGAGGUCAAAUCUUGGGGCAUGUUGGUGCGAACUUCCACAAAUCUACUGGAAAGAAAAUUGCUCGAAUUUCGUCUUUGGACCCUGCUGGGCCCUGUUUUUAUACAAGACCAGCUGAAGAGCAAAUCAGGUCGGGAGUGGCUGAGUAUGUGGAAGUAUACCAUUGCAAUUCUGGUAUUUUUGGCACUAACAGCACUUUGGCAGAUGUGGAUUUCUUCAUGAACGACGGUAAGAGUCAACCAGCUUGUGACGAAGAGACGGACGUGUUUCGUUGCAGCCAUAAUAAGUGUGUGGACAUGUGGAAGCAAUCCGUGCUUGACCCCAAAGCUUUUACUGCAUACAAAUGUGACAACUACGAUGAUUUCAUAAAGAACAAAUGCAAGGAGAGUACGACAACUGGAUUUAGGAACCCUUUGAAAGCUAAGGGCCAAUACUAUUUUUCUACUAAAGGAUUCGUGGGUCUGUGGUAA